CCAUUAUUCCAAGGCUUGACCAGCAACGCUCUUGACUGCAACCUCAGCAGAGACUCAAAUGUCUCGCCUCCUUCCAUCAAUUGCUCUGUUAUUAUGGUAUGCCAUUGCUUUUCUUCUUGUUUCAAAUUUGGGCUCUGCUUCAAGCCUCAAUGCAACAAAUGGACACACAAAACGCAGACAUGAGGUAAUUGUUGCUCACAAUGGAGCAGUUGCCACUGAUGACCGUCGAUGUUCUAAGAUUGGGAUCGGUGUUCUCCGUGAAGGAGGGCAUGCUGUGGAUGCAGCUGUGGCUGCUUCUCUUUGUUUGGGGGUUGUGAGUCCAGCUUCAAGUGGCCUUGGUGGUGGAGCAUUUAUGCUUCUCAGGUUAUCUAAUGGGGUUGCAAAGGCCUUUGAUAUGAGAGAAACUGCUCCUAUUCUUGCUUCUGAGAAUAUGUAUGCUGGAAAUACUACUUUGAAGGCUAAAGGUGGCCUCUCUGUAGCAGUACCUGGACAACUUGCUGGCCUUCACAAGGCGUGGAAACAACAUGGGAAGCUUCCAUGGCAGAGACUUGUAAAGCCAGCUGAGAUACUUGCUCGUAGAGGGUUUAAGAUAUCACCAUACCUCCGCUUGCAGAUGGAACAAUCAGAAUCAGAUAUAUUGAAAGACACGGGUCUUCGUAGUGUAUUUGCACCAAAUGGAAAAAUCUUGAAUAUUGGUGACACAUGCUACAAUAAGAAGCUAGCGGAAACUCUAAGAACAAUAUCGAAGUUUGGUCCACAAGCCUUCUAUGAUGGAUUGAUUGGCCUUAAUUUAGUUAGAGAUGUUCAAAAGGCUGGAGGGAUAUUAACAAUGAAAGACCUCAAAAGAUACACUGUUAAACAAAAGGAACCUAUAUCUACAGAUGUUCUUGGACUAAAAAUCCUUGGCAUGCCUCCUCCUUCAGGAGGGCCUCCAAUGAUGCUAUUGUUGAACAUUCUUGCACAGUAUGAGCUUCCUUCUGGCCUUUCUGGUGCCCUUGGGAUCCAUCGAGAAAUUGAAGCAUUGAAACAUGUAUUUGCUGUGAGAAUGAAUCUUGGUGAUCCUGAUUUUGUAAAUGUAACUGGGGUUGUUUCUGAUAUGCUUUCGCGUGAGUUUGCUGAAGUGUUAAAAAAAGACAUCAACGAUAAUGGGACUUUUGGUCCCCGUCAUUAUGGUGGCAGGUGGAAUCAGAUCUAUGAUCAUGGUACAAGUCAUGUAAGCAUAAUAGAUCAUGAGCGCAAUGCCAUUUCCAUGACUGUAACAAUAAAUGCAUAUUUUGGUGCAAAGAUCCUUUCACCAACUACAGGAAUAGUUCUGAACAAUGAGAUGGAUGAUUUUUCCAUGCCUAGAAAUGUUUCCAAUGAUGUUCCCCCACCAGCUCCUGCCAAUUUUAUUAAGCCAGGAAAGCGUCCAUUAUCAUCUAUGUCACCAACUAUUGCCCUCAAGGAUGGCAAACUGAAAGCAGUAGUAGGUGCAAGUGGAGGAGUAAUGAUAAUUGGUGGAACUUCAGAGGUUCUUUUGAAUCACUUUGUAAGAGGAAUGGAUCCUUUUUCUUCUAUAAUGGCUCCAAGGGUCUAUCAUCAGCUGAUACCAAAUGUGGUCAAUUAUGAGAAUUGGACCACCGUGAGUGGUGACCACUUUGAACUUCCUGCUGAUAUAAGGGCAGCCCUUAGAAGUAAGGGUCAUGUCCUACAGGGCAUUGCUGGUGGGACUAUUUGCCAAUUUAUUGUUCAAGAAGACAUUCAGCCUUCAGGCAGAAGAAAUGAAGUUAUGGGAAAGCUUGUGGCUGUGAGUGAUCCCAGAAAGGGUGGUUUUCCUGCAGGCUUUUAGAUAAUUCAUUAACAUUGUGGAUGAAACCAAGAAAGGGUGGUUUUACUUUUUCAUGCUUCCUUCCUCUCUUGGUAGCUAUAUUUUAAGAAUGGGAAUAUAAAAUCUCCAUAAUUUUUCUUCUAGUUAUCUCAACAACUAGUGGUUUCCCGCUUAUGAAUAGCUUGCUUGGUGACUCGUGACUCAAACAAGAAUGCUGCUUUCAGCCAGCUUUUUCUAUGCUGGUGCUUUGGACGAAAAUAUGUCC